UUGCUCCGGCAGUUAGGGGCGGCGCUAGCACAGAGCAGGCGAACCGGGGCGAGCGGCCGUUCAUCUCGGUGCUCGCGAUCAUCGUUCACAGCCAGGGGUCCGGGGCCUGCAGCGGGAUGGCAGAUUCUCCACCAAGCGUUUGUUUUGUGGUUUUUCCACCUUUAGCAAAAAAUAAUCAAAUCCUUUUUGGGAAGAAUUCAGCUCGACCAAGAGAUGAAGUUCAAGAAAUACUGUACGUACCUGCUAGUGAUCAUGAACCCGGCAGUAAAGUACAGUGCACAUACCUUGAAGUUGACCAAGUCCAGAGGACUCAUGCUGUUCUACUUACUAAACCAGUCUGGAUGUGGGGAGGAGAGAUGGGAGCCAACGAACAUGGAGUUUGCAUUGGGAACGUGGCGGUCACCACGAAACAGGAAGCAUCCGAUAGCAAGUUACUACUAGGGAUGGAUCUUGUCAGGCUUGGUUUAGAACGAGGAAAAACCGCCAAAGAGUCUGUAGACAUAAUAGUGUCCCUACUGGAGGAACAUGGACAAGGUGGAAAUUAUUUUGAAGGAGAUGGCAUAUCCCAGACAUUCCACAGUGCGUUCCUUAUUGUGGACCGAGUGGAAGCCUGGGUGUUGGAGACAGCGGGGAAAUUCUGGGCAGCUGAAAGAAUAACAGACGGAGUGAAAUGCAUUUGCGAUCAUUUCUCUAUAAAGACACAAAUUGAUCUGGAACACCCAGAGCUCCGCAGUCACGCAAAGAACCAAGGCUGGUGGAAUGAAGAUAAAGAAUUUAGUUUUUCUGACGUGUUCUCAGAAGAUAGUGGACGUGAUUGUUCCCGAAAGAAGACAAUUGAAAAUCAAGAAGCUAUGAUGUCGGUGGAAACUAUGUUCAGUGUUCUUCGUGAUAAGAGCAGUGGUGUCUGUGUGGACUCUGGGCCGUUCAUUACUACAGCUAGUGCCGUAUCAGUGAUACCUCAAAAUGGGAGCUCUCCUUGUAUCCACUUUGUAACUGGAACACCAGAUCCAUCAAGGUCCGUAUUUAAGCCCUUUAUCUUUGUAGAAGAUGUAAAGCCGGUAAACAAGGCUCAGUCAUGUUGUCUAGGAGGUGAACCGUGCGGCCAUGGGCACUCGCAGCGGAGCCAUGAGCUAUAUAAACGUCAUCAAUGCGCCCUGUCUUUAAUAGAGAAUGACCAGGCUCAAGGAGAGAAGCUAUUAAGUAUAAUGCAGGACCUGGAGAAACAAGGCUUGGAGGCCAUGGAAGAUAUACUGAAAGGUUCAAGUCCCUUAGAUCCGGCAGAGAUAGUGGACCUUUUCUAUGACUGUGUUGACACAGAAAUCAAGUUCUACAAGUGAAAAAACCUGGAGCACAUCCUCCUUUAUUAGCAGAAGAAAGAAUCCAUAUGUUGGCCAGCUAGCUUCUCCACGUUCUGGUGUGAUGACGGACAGUUUCUCUAGCUUUUUGUUCCACCUCGUCGUUUGUUCAGUGAUAAGAAUGGGCUUCUGAUUAUAUGUCUCUGCAUGCAGGAUAACUCUGAGAUGAAUGUGUUUGUGCGUUUUCUGUGUCCAUCUCUUCAAUCCAAUAGAAAAUAACUCCAUAAUACUUUUUAUUAAACAUUAAUAGUGAUUAUGCAGAUUAAUUUGACUGCCUUUACAAUGAAACCAAUUUGUAGUUUUACUUCUAAAUGGUCAGAAAAAACAUUGUACUAUAAAAAAAAAAACAAGUAAUAGGCUGAAAUCCAUUGGCAAUAAAGAUUUUUUCAACAAA